GCUCCGUGAAGCGACCCCUCAAGGCAAACCAAAAACUGCACGAGAAAACUUUCCAAGUACUAGGGAAAGUUCUUUGUUGAAACUAAGUCCGCAGCAAAAAACCCCAGAGAACAAAUAGGUACUACUUAAGUACUGGACCGAUCAAGAUGGCUGACUUCGGAAGCACGUUGAGCAACGGCAACUCCCUGGAUGCCGCCAAGAUCGAGGCUUUGCCCGACUGCAAGGGCAAGGGCGUGCUCAUUACCGGUUGUUCCGGCAUCGGUGGGGCCUUGGCCACUCUGUGCUGCCUGAAGGAGGCGGAAAAGGUCUUCGUGGUGGACCGCGCGCAAAAAGCGCUCGAUGGCGUGAAGGAUCACCCGAACCUGGUCAAGAUCCUCGCGGACAUCGGUACUAAGGACGGGCCGAAGAGUAUGGGAGAAUCAGGAUCGAAAUCGACAAAGUCGAAAAAUUUGUGAUGCAUGAAAUGUAGGGCACGUAAGGCUAAAGACUGUAUUGGGGAGCAGGAAAAUGGGACCGAUUGUAAGCCUGUUUAGGGGUAAUAUAUAAUGUGCUACCAGAGUAGCAUUACAGGAGCAGUCUUUUUUGCCCAAACAGCAUGACAGACUGGAUUUGGGUGCUCCCGAAAUUUGUCAUGCGCCACUUAGAAACUGAGGCUCCGACUGGCGUCGAUUUUGUGCAUCGCAAAUUUUCCGAUUUUGUCAAUUUCGGUUCUGACACUUCCAUAAAGAGUAUCGCGGACGCGGUCGGCAGUGCGAAGAUUCACUACGUGCUGCUCGGCGCGGCCGCGCCGAAGAACACCAGCGGCACCGGCCACAAUCUCAAGAGCAUCUCCCGGGAAGAUUUCGUACAAUUUUGAUUGCAAGCACAACAAAGUUCUUGUUGUUCAUUCUUGAAUAUGAAUGUGUUGAUGCUGUUUUCUACCGCAACGAGCUUAUAAGAACUCGGUCGCGUGCAAUUCCGCAGAACACGACUACCUCCUCUCCGCCGUGUACUCAAAGUGUCUGUCCAAACAACUUCGUAAAUGUAUCUCAAGUACUAGAUUGCUGGUUCGCUGAGAAACGAAAACGACGAUAUUUCCACAGGACGACAUGAUGAAUACCGACGUCCAUGGGAAAUUGUUUGUGAUGCAGGCGUUGGCCAACAACCUGGGAUCCGAGCCGAAGGCCCGCGUCUUCAACUUGGGAGGUACUAUAUUGAUACGUGAUGGGAUAAUUUUUGUUUUUGGUUCGUGAAGGUCGUGGACCUUCUACAUGAACCCUAAUCGUAUGCAGUAAACCCAUUCUCGGCUUGCAUGUAGUAGAUUCCACUUGGUUCACCGCGGGUACAACUACUGUAUUUUUGCGAAAUAAUAAUUCACGCUACAAAAAAUCAAAUCAGCGCCGUUCUCCGACGGUCCCAAGCCGGACGGUACCUACAUGGUUGUGCCGGGAUGGGGCGGCUUCGGUGCGGUCAAGGCCGCCAUAUGAAUAUGCACAACUCCCCCCCCUCAUUUAUCAUGCAAAAUGCCUAAUUUACGACCUGGCCCUUGGAACUGUAUGCAUGACAAGUUCUGGCAGCCCAAAUAGCACUACACUCCUGUCCAAAUUUGUGAUGCAAAAACUGUAUUAUUGCUGACGCUUGUAUUGCUGUUCAUGCAAUACAAAUGAGGGGGAGGGGGAGUUGUGCACUUUCAUACGCCAACAAGUGGUUGCACGAGGGUAUGAAGGUGGACAUGAAGGAGCAGGCGAUUUUCGGGUACGGUCAUCCGGGCAUGACCAAGUCCUUGUUGACCGAUGAAUUCGCCGAGAACUACGACAAGAACCAUCCCAUGGCAGCGAUGGUAUUCCUGUUUUACAAAGUUGUAGGGGAGGAGGAACUUCACACUUACGUAUAUGAUAUUACUUACCCACACUGUGCUCAAACGAACUUUCUUAUUCUUUGCAAGAAUCCGAAGCCACAAUUGCUGAUCUCAGGUGAGCAAGCGUUGGGCUGCUGGUGACUACCACACCCCCGAGGAAACGGCGGCAAUCUUCUAUUCGGUGUUCUCGAAGACGUCUGAUGACGAUUUCCAGACCGGCACUUGGAGCAUCGUCCGCUCCUGGAAGGAGUUCGGAAAGGACUUGGGCUGCAAGGAGAUCAUGGAUGUCAACGGUGGCAUUCCCCUGCCGGCUCCGGAGAAGUAAGGGCGCAUGCAUCUUCACACACGUCAGGCCGAUACGGAUAUUGUCUAUGAAAGGCAAGAAAAGCGAUUCUGCUUCUCCUUCUGGCUUAUUUUGGGAGAAGAUGCAUUGUGGUGUUGUACGUGUACCACACUGCAAAUGCAAUCAGUUUACUCGAAAAACAAAAGCAUUCGUUUCAAAAAAGUACUCACUUUUAGCUGGUUCUAGGUUAUUGGAGCAUGUACCUAGUUUUUUACCUGCCUCGGUAGUUCGGCAGCUACUUUUGUUGUUUAUCCUCGAUUGUACUGUACGACUUCGAACUUGAGUGGUCCCUUUAGUAAGAAAAUGAACCUACGAACACGCCUGUAUAAUUAGUAAACAAAUAUGAGUUUGAGUCUACAGAUACACUCUUAAUCUAUCAUGUUUGUAAGUACAUGUUUUGUCUUGCUAAGGAACAUCAAGCUGAGUCAGCGACUGUUUAUUUUGCAGGAAUUUUAGUGACAGCAGAGACAGCUUUCUUAGGGCUGCCCCGCCUCUGCGGUCAUCUUUCUUCACGAGGUGUGUAAGUUUACACCCUCUAUCUAUAUUUUUUUCAAACAUGGUUUUAUUCCUAACCGUUUCCCUCGACGAAAGAGAAGGAGAAGGACGCAAAACACACAGUGAGCGUAAAGACCUAACAAGGUGCAGCUUAGUUGUUAUUCGUGUCCUCUCCGCAGAUCAUCCAGAUAUUUAGUUUCGGGCACUGCUCCGUCGGCGUGGGACAGACUGUAACCCGGUCACAUAGUCUCUUUCCAAGAAAAAAAGCUCCUCUUUCCCCCACCAGACUCUCAUCCUUUCUAUACUUCGGGGAACGAUGUUGAAGAAGCGAUUUGAGCCGAAAAGAAGGUGGAAAAAGAAAAAGUUUGUCACCAGUACUAUGCGUUUCACAUUUACUUAUUCAGGCGAAUCACAUGAUAGCAAGGUGUGGAUUUGCUUGGGGAAAACAUGACGAGCAAUCUAGAUCGAGACAU